GCGACUCGCAGGCGGGGAGGCCGAGACAGCGAGCGUGGGUGCGGGCGGGGAGAGACCGCAAUCAUGAUUUCCAAAGUAGCCAAGAUGUUCCUGAUGGUGGUGGCGCUAGCGGCGCUGACUGUGGCGGUCUUUCAGGUUCUCCGGCUCAACUCUGCGCUCAAGUCGUCGACGUCGGACAAUGAUCGUGACGUGGGUGUGCUGUACGGCUCGCUCCUCCUGUUCUCGCUCCUCUUCUACGUCUACUUUGCAGCCGAUGGAGUGCUUAACGAGAACUUUAUCCAGGUCCUGGCCUUUAUGGCCUUUGCGGCGCUCUUUACCUUUUAUGUUGUGUAUCAGGUUGUGGAAGAGUCGAGCGCCGCGGCGAUUGUACAGCUGGUGGUGGUGGCUGUGGCAGACAUUGUGCUCGCUGGACUUGCGUACAAGCUGUACCUCAUCUUUGGCUGGCAGGUGUACAAGCGGAUCGGGUCCGACCGCGCCAUCCGCUCGGCGUACAAGACAUACCAGAUCGCGCUGGCGCUGCUCAAGAUCGACUUUCAGUUCCAGAUUGUGCUUGUGGCUCUCAAUCUGGUCCUCAUUCUCGACGUCGACGAUCCCGAGUUCUACGUCAACGUAGCCGCCAUUCCGCUCAUCAUUGCAGCGGUGGUGGUGGCGGUCCUCGGUCUGCGGCACGAGAACAAGCCGGCAACGUUGAUCUUUGUCGUCCUCGCCGCCCUCGAGCCGUCCUACAUUGUCUUCCGCGUCUACCGCCUCCUCACCCGCUCCAAGUACUCGGGACUGCCGCGGCCGCAGCUCGUCGCCAUGGCCGUCAUCGCCGUCCUCCUGAGGUACGUAUUCCUGGCCGUCAUCGCCGUCGCCUACUCCAACUUUGGCUCGGGCCUUCGCGAGCAGCUGUCGUCGUUCGGCAUGUCCGCCGGCUCGGGCUCGCGAGCCAGCUCGGGCCGCGGCGGCAGCGGCCCUGGUCCCGCCGCAGGCGGCAAGUUUGAGGACAGAAGAAUGACCGUGGUGUAA